GACUCAUUCGCGCACUAGUUUUUCCCCUCCAUAUACCCUUUGCCUGCCCUUCUGGUUUCUGAAGUAACUCGAAUCACCGAACCCGCCUACGUCGAAACGAUACCGCACAUAUGGAGGGCGUCACCAUGGAUGGCCAGCGCUCUUUUGCGCCCGAGCCCAAGAACGCCGCAACCAUUCUCUGCGCAGACUGCGGCGCGCCUGUUGACGGCACCCUCUCUGGUGCCUUCUGCUACGACUGCAUAAAACUGAAGACGGACGUUACCGGCGGCAUCCCGCGCGAAGCCAUUCUGCUCAUGUGCCGCGACUGUGACCGAUGGCUCUCCCCUCCCACGACCUGGGUCGUCGCCCACCCCGAAUCGCGCGAACUGCUCGCUCUCUGCCUGCGAAAACUGCGCGGACUCAACAAGUUGAGAAUCAUAGACGCCAGCUUCAUCUGGACCGAGCCGCACAGCAGGAGGAUAAAGGUCAAGAUCACGGUGCAGUCGGAGAUCAACGAAGGCGCCAUCAUGCAGCAGAGCUUCGAGGUCGAGUUCACACAAAACUACAACCAAUGUCCAGACUGCGCCAAGAGCUACACCCACAACACAUGGAGGGCGUCGGUACAAGUCCGACAGAAGGUGCCGCACAAGAGGACGUUCCUGUACCUGGAACAGCUGAUUCUGAAGCAUGGCGCCCACAAGGACACAAUCAACAUCAAGGAAGUCCACGACGGUAUCGACUUCUUCUUCGCCCAGAGGAAUCACGCCGUGGCCUUCUGCGACUUCCUCAAGGCCGUCAUCCCCGUCAACAUCAAGCGAUCCGAAGAGCUCAUCUCGCACGAUAUUCACACCUCGACAAAGAACUACAAGUUCUCCUUCUCGUGCGAGAUUGUGCCUAUUUGCAAAGACGAUCUUGUCGUCCUUCCUAUCCCGCUCGCAAAGAAGCUCGGCAACGUCUCACCCCUCACACUCUGCACCCGCAUCGGUACCUCAGUACAACUACUUGACCCUUCGACGCUCCAGACAGCCGAUGUCGCCACCGACAUCUACUGGCGGACGCCUUUCCGACCCCUCGCCGAUGUACAGGAACUGACCGAAUUCAUUGUUCUCGACAUCGAGCCUCUAGGUAAGCAGGUCGGCCGCCAUUUCCUCGCCGAGGCCACCGUAGCCCGCGCCUCUGACAUGGGCGUCAACGACACAACAUACUACUGCCGCACACACCUCGGUGGAAUCCUACACGUAGGCGACUCGGUAAUGGGUUACUUGCUUGCCAACACAAACUUCAACAACGAGCUUUUCGACGUCCUCGAAUCCAACAACAAGUACUCAUCCGCCAUUCCUGACGUCAUGCUUGUCAAGAAGUACUACCAGCGCUCCAAGAAGAACAAGAAUAAGCGCAACUGGCGCGUCAAGCGUAUGAACAGGGAGGAAGGCGAGAUGCUGCCUCGCAAGCAAGAUCAAGAAAAGAUGGAGCGCGACUUUGAGAUGUUCUUGCAGGACGUUGAAGAGGACCAGGACUUGCGCGCGACCAUGGCACUAUACAAGGCGCAACAGGAGCAGAAGCAGCGCGAUGCGGAUGCUAUGGAGACCGAGAGUAGCCUUGGCGAUGAUGAAGAUGAAGGCCUGCAGAUCCCUAUGGAGCAGCUGCUGGAUGAUUUCGAGGAGAUGAAGAUGGAGGACUAGGUUUGAGACUCAUGAUAUCUAUGUCGCAUCGGUUCUGGCGUUGUCUCUUAGUGCAUCUACGGGCGUUGGGCGGGUAAAAGGCAUGGGAGUACCAAGUUGAUAGACUUUUCGAUUUUAGCCAUGUCGACGGCGCGUCGUAUCCCGCAAUCUGAAUUGUUUCACACGCCUCACACUGUCGCAUGUUAUUACACUUGUUGAACGCCUAACAACUCCACUGCUGUGGGCAAGAGUUGAUGUUGGAAUAAAACCUUCUCGACCACGUUUUUCUUUGCCUCGCUUGUGGUGACGUAGGGACCUUGUCGCGAG